AUGUGUAAAAAUCGACAAAUUGAAAAUUGGAAAAACAAAUUAGAAUGUCUAGAAAGAAAAAUAUCAAAACUAAAAAAAACAAUAAUAAACUUAGAGAAAGAAAAAACAGAUAAAGAAGAUAAUCAGUUUUUUCUUACUAAUGAGGUCGUUCACCAAAUCAAAGAAAUCCAUGAAAAAGUUGUUGUAAAAAAAAUAGAAACUAUUCCCUUGUCUUCCUUUAAUACAACUAAUUGGCAAGCAUUUUCUCUCAAAACUGAUGUCAAAAUAAAAUGGAUUAUUAAUGACUCAUUAGAUGAAACUGUUGACAUCGAGGAAUAUGUUUGGAGUGAUUAUCCUGAAAGUCAUGAAACACAACGUAAAAAUUAUAUGUCUUAUCUCAAAAGGCAUAUCAACUUAUUACCACAAAUUUUGAUCCUUGAUGUUGCAACAAAUAAGACAUUUCUUCAAUUAUAUAAUGACUCUCGUUUACCAUUUAAUUUAUCUGGUGGCACAGAUGUUAUUUUGUUUGAGACUGCAGCUGAAACUCUUCCCCAAACUGGAAUUCGAAGUGUAAUUGAAUUGAAAAAGCAAGUGCAACCAGUCGAUGUGUAUCAAGUAGUAAUGCAGAUGAUAGUCGCAGAUAUAAUCACUCCAAAUCAUAUUUCUGCUAUUGGUGUACUAACUGACCUAAAAGACAAUUGGAACGUAUUUUGGCUUAAUAAGAAAGAA